ACAUAAGAAAUGUCAUGCGAAACAGCUGUUCCACCGGUAGUCUACUUUCUGUCACUGUAUUUUUUGUUAAAAUUAGAAUUAGCAAAAAAGAAUAACAUAACUUUUUGAAUAAACAUGUUGAAAUCCUGGUGCAGUAAUUCUAUUAAUUUACUUAAAAGUGCAGCGACCGUCCAGCAGCAAGUGCGGACAACUUUUGUGUUGAAGCGCAAAUAUGACCCGUUGUUGCAUAAAACGAACGCUAAACCCAAAAAAUUGCGUGCCAAACAUUUCAUCUAUGAAUUGGUCGAGGAUAGAAAUGUGAAACGUCGUCCGAAUUUAGAAGUUGUGUUAAAAACGUAUGUGGAAGGUGUGGGUGAUAAAGGUGAUGUGGUGUCGGUGAGACCCAAUUUCGCCUAUAAUAAAUUGUUGCUGCCAGGUUUGGCAGUGUACAAAACAGAAGAAAAUAUGGCAUUGUACACCAAAACCGAGGACGAGAAAAAAACAGUGCACCAUAGCUCAGCAUUUGCCCAGCGCACGAUAAAUAUUAUCGAACGUUUUAGACUGGCUGUGGUUAUGAAUAAGGAUCAGCCAUGGGUUGUCGAACCUUGGCACAUUAGAGCAUCCCUUCGAAAGGCCGGUAUUCAUUGUCCGGAAGAGUGCAUUACUAUGCCAAAAGAAUGUAUUGAAGGUCCAGAUAUGAAUAAAGAGGCCAAAGAGUUUUAUUGUACUAUUACCAUAAAUAAUUUGGAAAAGGCGCAAUUGCGUUGUCAUAUCCAUCAUUGGAGUACAGAUCCUAGUGAACGGUUGCCUUAUGUUGCAGAGUUUUGGAAAAAUCCUUCAGAACCACUUUUCGGUAGUGAAAACUCUAAAGAACCUACAGAAAAAGUAGAAGAAAAGUAGUAUAUGCAAAAUAAAUAAUGAAAAUUAAAUAAACUACCUAAAAAAAUAAAA